CUCUCCCCGUAUUCUGAUUGAAUCGGUCCGGUUUGUAUUAGUUAAACGAGCAGAGCAGCAGGAAGAACGGGAGGGUGAAAUCUUAUAACCAAACGCCGUUAACUGUGGUGUACUGGACGCUCACUGCUCCGUUCAAUGGCAGGUGCGGAUUGAUUUGAGCUCCAGCACCGCCGCGCCACAUCGUGACUGGUUUUUUAUUGUCUGCCGAUGCCUGAGUCUUAGCAGACUGCAUUUCCGAGGAUGCAUCAGAUGAUAACUGCGCAGGGAUGCCUCCGCGGAGCAUGGGCAAACAGGGCGUCUGUUACAAUGAUGAAAGCUUCUUCGUUUUUGUUUUGAACGCGAGCCACCCACAGAAUCACCGCAACGCCGUGGACAACAACAUCCAUCGUUCCUAUGAAGAACAUUGCGCAGUGCAGUGAAAACGGGAAAUCGUUUUGUGUGGAUUUCGAAUUGCUGGUGAAUAUAUUACCUAAUCAGCUGGCUUUCAAAUCUGUAUCAGUCCCCAGUAUAUGGUGUGUACAUCCUACAGAGCGUGUUGGCACACUGUCAAUGUAAGGAACUUUGUCCAGUGGUGAGAGCCACUCUCCGAGGGUACAGAUGAGAGGCAAACAAUAUCAUCAGCCACUGAAGUUGACAGCGCCUUGGGAAAAGGAUGCUGGCUUUGGGAGGAAGCUUAAAACCUACAGGAAUCAUACCAAGAUAAUAGCACAGCCUGGGAUCGUGAUGAAAGUCCUCCGCAGGAAGAGGAUUGUGUUAUUUAUGGCCUAUUUCUUACUGCUGGUCCUUACUAUGCUGAACUUGGCUAAUUAUAAAUGGACGAAAGAGCCACAGCAGUGCAAUCACCAGAUGAGGAGCACCACUUAUCAGAGCAGAUCUGACAUUCGCUUCCUGUACAGGCCCUCUCUGGCUAAAAAGAGACAGCUCAUCUAUGUUCUGACCACCUGGAGGUCAGGCUCGUCCUUUUUCGGGGAACUUUUUAACCAAAAUCCUGAAGUGUUCUUCUUGUAUGAGCCGAUGUGGCACAUCUGGCAGAAACUGUACCCAGGUGAUGCGGUGUCUUUACAAGGGGCAGCCAGGGACAUGCUCAGCUCCUUAUACCGCUGUGAUCUCUCAGUUUUCCAACUUUACAACAGCCCCGGGGGCAAGAAUUUUACCUCCCUAGGACUAUUUGGGGCCACCCUCAAUAAAGUAGUGUGUUCCUAUCCCCUCUGUUCAGCCUACAGAAAAGAGGUGGUGGGGAUGGUAGAUGACAAGGUGUGUAAAAAGUGCCCCCCUCAAAGCCUUAGACUGUUGGAGGAGGAGUGCCUCAAAUACAACACCAUAGUCAUCAAAGGAGUACGCAUUUUGGACGUUAACGUGUUGGCCCCACUCAUGGAGGAUCCAUCCUUGGAUUUGAAGGUGAUACACCUAGUAAGAGACCCACGGGCAGUGGCCAACUCCAGGAUCAAAUCCAGACAUGGCCUGAUAAGGGAAAAUUUACAGGUGGUCCGCAGCAGGGACCCUAAACUUCGCCGGAUACCUUUUGUGGAUCCAGGUCACAAAGCCAACAAGAAGGACGGCUCAGACUACCACUCCAUAGGAGCCAUGGAGGUGAUCUGUGACCGCACCUCCAGAACUUUGAGGACUGCCUUAAACCCACCAAGCUGGCUGAAGGGGAAGUACAUGGCUGUGCGGUAUGAGGACCUGGUUGAGAACCCGGUCAAGACAUUGCGGAACAUCUACCGCUUUGCCAACCUGACCACCAACCACGACAUUGAGUCGUUUGCGCUCAACAUGACCAGCGGCUCCAGCUCCUCCUCGAAGCCAUUUAUAGUCUCAUCCAGGAAUGCCACACAAGCUGCUAGUGCAUGGAGAACAGUGCUCAGCAUUCAACAGAUCAAACAAGUAGAGGACUACUGUCACCAUGCCAUGUCUGUUCUAGGGUAUGAAAGAGUUAGAACAGCCGGGGAAGCUAAGGACUUGAGUAAAUCACUACUGACACACUCCAAACUGUGAAAACGUCCUCACCACCAAAGACCUUUUAAUUUAAUGUUCAUUUUGCAUCGAGUGCCGUUUCCUCUUAUUGUGGAAUUAAAGCUUUACUUUGAAUCAGUGUUCAAGGAGCUCCACUGGCCACAUUUGGAAUGUAUCAUGUUUCUCUCAGUUGAAUUGCUGUGGUAUUUGAAGGGACCACGUCUUUUAUACUGGAAUACUGGAUGUGUUUGACAAUGCAAAGCCUGCGAACAAUGACUUGAAUGGUGAAGCUGCAACUAUGAAAAAAACAACUGUAUAAUUCAUGUAUCUUGUUAUGAUGACACUUCAAAGUGGAUGUUUUGGGGUUAUUUUUUGAAUGUUCAAAAUCUUACAAAAAUAUGUUUUUCCAGUCUCCAUACUGUCUGUAAAAGUGAAAAUAGUGGAUGAAAGAAAAACAAAAAAAGAACAACUGAUUAAAAAAAAGCUCAUUGCUAAUGUUUAUUUGUAAGAUCUGGUUGAAGUCAGAGACAAUCAAUAAAUUGGUUUGUUGAUGUGCCAUA